UUGCUCAAUUUUGGCAUCAAAAAUACCAUAAGCGGUCACACUGAUUGUCACACAAAAGGCCCCAAAUAAUUUUUUACCGACAAAAAUAAAUGGGCAGCUCCAGCUAUGAUGUGCUGCGGAAGCAGGCGCGCACACUGGAAAACGAAAUCGACUUGAAGCUGGUGGCGUUCAGUAAAAUUGGUGCUGGCAGCGGAGGCAACAGCAAUAGCAGCGGCGGCAGCGCUGACACAUCACCUCUGCUUGGGGACCAUGUCUUCGACUCGCUGUCCGAGGAAAUCGAGCAGAUGCUGGAGAAGCUGUCGACUCUUAAUGAGUCGAUGUCGGACCUGCCCGCAACAGGUGCGGCCGCCAUGCACACCCUGCAACGGCAUAGGGAGAUCCUGCACGGCUACAGGCAGGAGUUCAAUAAAAUAUGUGCCAAUCACACGGUGCGCAUCGAGCGGGAGGAACUUCUACGCGGCUCCGGCCUGACCACUUCUGGCAGCCCCUCAAUAUCGGGGCUUAGUCGUCGCGAGAUGUACAUGAAGGAGACCGGGCACCUGAGCAGCGCCAGUCACCUGGUGAACGAUCAGAUCAACAUAGCCAUCGAAACGCGGGACAAUCUGCACGCCCAGCGCCAGUCCUUCAAGCGGCUACAGACGCGAUUCAAUGACAUCUCGAAUCGAUUCCCAUUGAUUUCCAGUCUCAUUCAGCGCAUCAAUAUCAAGAAGCGACGCGAUUCGCUUAUUCUGGGCGCGGUAGUGGCAGUCUGCGUGAUUCUGCUCUUGAUCUACGGCUUCAAUUAGCGUCGCAUCGACUUGGACAAUCCAAAGAUAGAGCUUGCAUUCAACUCCACUGCAGACAUUUUGCAAUUUUCGUUUAUUUCCCCCGAUGGUAUAUGUGUAUAAUUAACUUGUGAUAGCAAUAAAAUGUAAUAUAAGAA